AUGCCGCCAAAGAAGCUGAAACAAAGCUCGGUUGAGCCCCGAGUUAGUGAUGAGCUUGUUCCCUCUAUUCAACAGACGUCAGAGGCACAAAGAUCUUCCACAGAGUUGCAAGAUGCCGCUGAUAGUCUCAAUGAUGGUCCACGAAGCCUGCAAGGAGAAGCAAGCGCGUCAGCCUCUGCUGAUCCCCAAACACCACCAAGACCUAUCAUUAGUGACGAUGCUGGAAGUCCGUUUCGUACAUUUCGACAGGAGCUAGGACUCUCGACAGUCGAAGUGCCUGCUCUCCGCCCACGAAGUGACAGCAGCGACCCGUUCGUUAUUCGACUUCGGCCCAGUGUCGUUCGCGAUGAAGCUUCUCUACAAGCUGCUAUCAACGAGAUAAUUUACAAUGAAGAUCGCGUACAAACCUUCAUGAGACUUUCUCUCUCACCAGCCGAGGCUACAGCUGUCCGCGAUCGUCAGGGGGCACAGGUCUUGUCUCAGCUCAACGAUGAGUCUUUGACAUUGAGGGACGCACUGUGGUAUCUCGAGUAUGCCGGCUGGGACGUAGAGCUAGCAAUCUUGCACCACAUGCACGAUAUCAUUGACCGGGCUGAGGCACCUGGUCCUAAUUCAGUUCAGAUCCAGAGCGAGUUUCCUGUAGAGAAUCCGUAUCUUGACAGAGCGCCAGUGAGAGGUGGAGACGACUUCGACCAAGCCAAACUGAAGCUCCACUACAUGCAGUACCAUGUUGCAAGAACUAUGACAUAUCCGGAAUGGAAGAAUUUUGAUCGCAACGAUGUGGAUCACGUUAGAGCUCUCAACAGAUGGCGCUGGAAGACGAUCAUGGCCCAGGUCGGAUUGAAAGAGGAGAAGAUAAAGGGCACGAGAUACAACCGACUCGAGUUGCUAUGGCUUCGUAACUACCUGCUCGCACACCCAAAGUGUACGAGCCGUGAGCUCACUGACAACUGGAAUGCAAAUUUUGCUGGGGCAAUGCUGCCUGGUGAGACCAAACCACGUCCGAAGCGCUCGCUUGCGGCUAUUACCUGCCUGCGCCUCCGUCAACCAGGUGCCACCAAGAAAUCGAAGAAGAAAAGAACGGCGGAUGAUGCAGGACUUGGGGCCCCGGACGAAAGUGCUGAUGAUACUGGCAUGGCACAAGAUGCGAAUGUGGUGCAAGAAGAGCAGGACAGUGCCAUGAUGCUUGCAUGA